AUGUAUCUGCCUAGGUCUCUGAUCUCCCACCUUUACUCCCAUUUACUCCGAUCGCAUCAUCCCCUCUCUCCGCCAGUUUUAAUCCUCGCGGCCCUCGAGCCAGACGCACUAUGCGCGUGUCGAAUCCUAACAGCAUUGCUGAAACGAGAUUAUAUUCCUCACAAAAUACAACCGAUCGCAGGCUAUGGAGACCUCGCUCGUGCUGGCGAGGAGCUUGUUCGACCUAUGCAAAUUCCAAUGGGUGGUAGUGGAGGUGUCGUGAUCUGUAUGGGUGUCGGGGGCUUGGUAGAUUUAGGCGAAAUACUAGGGCUUGAAACCGACGGAGACGCGGGAGACAUGGGUGGAGUGGAGGUAUGGGUUAUAGACGCGAGAAGACCUUGGAAUUUGGGAAAUGUUUUUGGAGGUUAUCUGGAACGAACCCGGUCGGACGAAACGAACGGCUUGACGACCACGCAAAUUGCGGGUGUGGACAGGGGCCGUAUAACAGAGGCGUAUAAACCAGGAAGAGGGGGAAUCAUUGUUUACGAUGACGGCGACAUCGAUGAUGAUCUCACCGCCCAAAGAGAGGCUUACUGCGGCCUAGAAUCAAUGCCCGAGUUGGACGAUAACAGUGAUGAAGGCGAUACUUCUGACAGUGAUCUGGACGAGAGGGAAAUGAGCAACUCCAAUAAAAAAAGAAAGUCUUGGUCUAGCCGCGAGGAUGAAGAUUCUGAAGAUGAAGAUGAACCACCACGGCAACGUCGGAGAAGCAAUUCAGGAUCCUCUAUAUCUACUCCUAACCCAUAUAUAACUUCACAGCGAGAUUCUUCACAGUCGUCCCGGUCACCCUCUCCACCUUCCGGCUCCGUUUCACCUACUACCCCAAAAGCACCCUCCGCUCGGACUUUAAGGCGGCGGCUAAUUCGGCUCAAAAGAAAACAUGAAGGUGUUCUUCGAGCAUACUACUCCCUUGGAACAUCGUAUUCUGAGCCUAUUUCGUCAAUCCUGUACUCCUUGGCCUCUGAGCUGGGUCGCGAAGACAACGAUCUCUUGUGGCUUGCGAUUAUUGGGGUUUGUAGCCUGGAGUUAUCCGGUCGAACCAUGUCAGGAGUUGGGAUAUCGGACGCAUCCGAGUCUGGUGGAUCAGCAGGGUGGGGUGGAGGGCGCGGCGAACGAAUUCGACAAAUCUUGCGAGACGAAGUUAGACGUUUAAAUCCACCUGAUGAUAACGAAGCCGGGCGCGAGGCCCUACGAAGUGAAGUCAACGGUGUCAUUCCCACCACAGGACGUUCGCCUACGGACACUUCCAUUUUAUUAUCGCCUGAACCUCGUCUUCUAUUACUACGGCAUUGGUCACUCUAUGACAGCAUGCUCCACAGCCCAUAUCUGGCCCCUAGACUACAUAUCUGGAACGAAGUGGGACGAAAACGGCUUCGUAAGCUGUUGGCGAAGAUGGGUGUUAGUCUAACCCAGUGUCAUCAAAAUUAUACCCAUAUGGCCAUGGAUUUAAAGCGGGACUUACGGCAAAAGAUGUUAAAGUACGCUCCCAUGUACGGAUUAGAAGGAUUGGUACCUCCACCAUCCUCCGGGGGGCUCUCGGGUACCCGAGAAGGGUGGGGUUUUGUCCGCAACUGGGGAUGGAAGGCUUGUCUCUCUGCCACGGAUGUUAGCGUGAUUCUGGGUGCAAUUUUAGAGGUCGGCUCUCUAAAACCUACUUCCUCAACUGUGUCAAAGGAAGAUAGCGAACAGCUGGAAAAUAACGAUAUUUCUUCGGAUUCGGAUUUAUCAAGUGUUGUAUCACGAUUCUGGGAUGCUUAUGAUGCUCUUUCACCGACAUCCUCUGAAUCCCCUACUCAGCUUUUGGCCUGCCUCCCACUAGCUCAACACCUACAUCGCGCAAUUCUACGAACGGGGGCGUCUUUACUUUCCAAAAAGCAAAUUCGACACUUACGCGCUUUUCGCAUCGCGGUGGUAAAAGAUGGUCCUGAUGUUAAGCUGUUUACCAAUCCUGGCGCGUUGACGAAGCUAGCCCUAUGGGUAGGCGAGGCAGUCCGCAUUCAAGAAAAGGACAAAGUAGACGGUUACAGAAUUGCAGGCAAGCGCGGAAUGGGAACACCACUCGUUCUGGCGGGCUUGGAUGAAGAUAGGGAUGUUUAUGUCGUUGUGGGCACGGGCGGAGGAGGUGGCGUCAUCGACUUCGCUGGUGCGACCCAACGUAAAGAGGAACGAAAGAAGAAAAAGGAACUUCAGGCGCAGAAGCGUGCAGAGCGCGAAGAACGCCGUGCAAAAAGAGCAGCUGAACGUGCAGAAAAGGGAGACGACGAGGCAGAUGAGGAAGAAGAUGAGGAAGAAGAAGACUCAUCGUCUUCUGGUUCCGAUUCGGAAUCAGAGGAUGAGCAGGCUAUAUUCUCCGGACAUAAGUUUCUCAAAAAUCGCUUCGGCAUAGCGUUCCAAGAAGUUGUACGAGAGACAAAUGCGCGUGUUCGCAUUGACAGUUUUGAGCAUUGCGUGGUGGAAGUGCAAAAGGAAGAUUUGGGCGGGUUUUUAGAGGCCUUGAGCUUCAGAAGUGUCGUUGGCUGA